AUUCCACCUGCUAGACCUCAAAUAGACUGGAAUUGUGCCUAAAUCCAUGCUUUCAGUCCCUUCUCUCUCUCUUUAGAUCUCUUGAUUUGUCCUAAGGUGGCUGCAAAAUAUUUGAUUCGAUUUGUCUAAGCCACUAAUUCGGUGCAAAUCUUAUGAAAAAAUAUGGAGCAGACCAGGUAUUGGAUGUGGACUAGGAGGAAAUUCAUGGCAAGCAGCGGUAAUCGAGCUGCUAAUUAUGAUUCAUGGGAAGAACAAGCUUUUGCAGAAGAUUCAGCAGGUCCACUAGGGGGUUUCAUAUGGCCUCCAAGAUCAUAUUCUUGCACCUUUUGUAAGAGAGAAUUCAGGUCUGCUCAAGCCCUGGGAGGCCACAUGAAUGUCCAUAGAAGAGAUAGAGCAAGGCUUAGACAGUCUCCAAGUCCUCACAGUGAAACCCAAUCUCUUCUAAACCAAUAUCCAUCUGAGCCUUGCACUUUGACUUACCCUAACCCUAAUUUUUCCCCAUCUCUCUCUUCAACAGAGGUUUCAGGCCCUUCUAACUCAUGCUGUAAAGCAAAUUGCAGCCAUAUGAAUUUGGGUUCUCCUCCUGCUGGUUUGUCUAUAUCUUCUUUCUCUUCUUCCGCUGUUGUUAUGCCACAACAAAAGCAUAAGGCUUCAUUUGCUUCUUCUCCUCCAUUAAUCUCAGAGUCACUGGAUGUUGAGGUUCUCAGUUUAACUGGAUCUAAGCAUAAACUAGAGUUAUCAGGCCUGCCCAAAAUCGAUGCCCAUAAAAUCAAGGAACACCGGAAUUUUGAUGGUCUUGAGAAGCUCGACCCCGAGGCAAGUUUACCAAAUAUGUUUAAGAAGAGGAGAGUUUGGGAAGAUGAUGAGGACAGAGAAAGUGGGGAAUCAUUGACUAGAAAGAGAUCGAAGAAGUGCGAAUUCUUCCCUUAUGUUGCAGGACUCUUCACAAAGACAGCCAGCGCAGUAGAAGAACUAGACCUUGAGCUUCGACUUGGCAGUAAGCCAUCAAGGUUAAAAAGAAGCUAAAAAGUUAGCAUAAAUUGGUCUUCUUUUCUAUAAUUUAUUUUCACAUUUCCAUCUCUCUCUCCUUUUUCACUUUAUCUGGAGCUUCUGUUUAUGUAUUUGUUUCUAUUGCAAUGGCCUGCUUGGACCAAUUGCUUGGAUUCUAUUCCCCUUUGAUA